ACUGCACAGACAUUCCUGGCCACACAAUGGAGCGCUUUUCUCUGCUCGCACUCCUCCUUCUUACACUCAUAUGCUCCGCAGUUGCAUCCACAGUAUCUUCCAACGACCUAGACGAUCCUUUAAUCAGACAAGUCGUAUCAGACGGCGAGGAUGAUCUCCUCAACGCAGAGCAUCAUUUCACUUCUUUCAAAUCCAAAUUCGGCAAAACAUACGCGACUCAAGAAGAGCAUGAUUACCGAUUUGGUGUUUUCAAAGCUAAUCUUCGCCGUGCGAAGAAACACCAGAUGAUAGACCCCACCGCCGCCCACGGCAUCACCAAGUUCUCUGACCUGACACCGAAAGAAUUCCGCCGCCAGUUCCUUGGAUUGAAGCGGUGGCUACGGUUGCCUACGGACGCUAACAAGGCGCCGAUUCUUCCUACUACUGAUCUACCUACUGAUUAUGACUGGCGCGAUCACGGUGCCGUUACAGAAGUCAAAGACCAGGGAUCGUGUGGAUCGUGCUGGUCGUUUAGUGCUACCGGGGCGUUAGAAGGAGCUCAUUAUUUAGCCACAGGAGAGCUUGCGAGCCUGAGUGAGCAGCAGCUUGUGGACUGCGAUCAUGAGUGUGAUCCAGAAGAAUAUGGCGCUUGUGACUCUGGCUGCGAUGGUGGGCUGAUGAAUAAUGCCUUCGAGUACGCACUCAAGGCUGGUGGACUUGAACGUGAGGAAGACUAUCCUUACACUGGAACUGACGGUGGCACUUGCAAAUUUGACAAGAGCAAAGUUGUAGCAUCCGUAUCUAACUUCAGUGUUGUUUCAAUCGAUGAAGAUCAAAUUGCUGCGAAUCUGGUGAAGCAUGGUCCACUCUCAGUGGCGAUCAAUGCAGCUUUUAUGCAGACAUAUGUAGGUGGAGUUUCAUGCCCAUACAUUUGCUCGAAGCGUCAGGAUCACGGGGUGCUACUGGUGGGGUAUGGAUCCGCUGGUUAUGCUCCUAUCCGGUUUAAGGAAAAGCCCUUCUGGAUUAUCAAGAAUUCAUGGGGACAGAAUUGGGGAGAGAAUGGCUAUUACAAAAUCUGCAGGGGUCGCAAUAUCUGUGGUGUAGAUUCCAUGGUUUCAACUGUUGCUGCAAUUCACACUACAGCUCAGUAGAUUGUUGUGCCCUUGGCGUAUUGAAGCACUAAAUUCUUAGAUGGUGCUCGCGCUCGUCUAUAUAUAUUAAGUGUGAUGUGUAUUGGCGCUAUAUACACAUAUAUGUAUAUCUAGCGUAGUGUAAGAUUCAACGAAUCUCUGGCAAAAGUUAUCAUGAUAUAGGUGAUGUUAGUACUUAAAAUCAUUUUAUGCCAGAAUUCUCUGUAUAAGACUAAGGGUUUAUGCAUUGCUCAAUCUCAUUAAUAAUGUAUUUAUUGCUUUUUAAGAA